AUGGAAGAAGACUACCACUCCACUGAUGGAGGGGACGCCCCCGCGCCCAGACCAGAGACCACCACAAUUACCAUAGCUCCGCAACCACUACCUGAACGCAAACGCAGAAUCACCCAAGUGACUCCACCUACCCUCGGAGAACUAGCAGUGGUAGUCUACGAUUUAAAGGAAGAAAUCGCCAGACUGAGACAAGACGUAAGGGCGGAAAGGAAACGUGGAGAAACCGAGACGGCCAUGCUAAACGACAUGGUCGAGGCUUACACAGGUAUGACCACUUUAACCAAGGAACACCACAAGAAGCAAACCGCGCAGAUCACCAAGAUGAUGAACGAGAUCUCGGACAGGCAGACUGAGCAGAUCAACAAGAUGAUGAACGAGAUCUCGAACAAGCUACUGACUGCAACCCAGCGCUACCCAUCCCACGACGAAACCACCAAGCCAACCACUAAGGCGAAAACCAGCCGACCGCGAGCUACCGACUCCUCCCAUGGUCCAGAUAGAGACAUGUCGGAAGCCACCACUACCAGACGGGGCC